GCGAUGCGAAUCACCGAUCUGCGGCGCCCGGCUGAAGCAACGAACAGCGUAACCGACACUCGCAGUAAAAAAAGAAACGGAUCGCUGGCGGCCAACCGAGUUGUAACCCGGUUUUCGGAAACAGCGGGACCAGCAAUUUCUCGAGAUGAAGAUUGGCUCUCGUCUAGCCCGCGCCAAGGCCGGAAAUCAAACGAUACACUCCGUUUAGCAGCGGAAUCGAGAGCGGCAGGGAAAACAGCCGGUUUUGAUCAGACAAUUGGGUUAACUCGCUCCAUCUGCAACUCCAAUCUUGAAGCUACGACGCCUUGCGACUAGAUUGACCGUGGCGGUACAGGUUCCUACAUACGAUGGGAACAUCACAAUCUGAAGACAUAUAAGUAA